AUGCCCGCCAGCGGCGCCGACUCGCUGAAGCCCAGCGCCUUCAUCCCGGUGUGCACCGCCGCCUGCCUCCUGGUCGGCUCUACCUCCCUGUUCUUCGUCUUCACAUGCCCAUGGCUGGCUGUGACCAUCUGCCCUGCUGUGCCACCAUGCUGUGCCAUCAUUUUCCUUUUUGUGCUGGCCAACUUCACCAUGGCAACCUUUAUGGAUGCUGGUGUGCUCCCGAUGGCCAGCGAGGACGAGGACAAGGAUGAUGAGUUCCGCGCUCCGCUCUACAAGAACGUGGACGUGAAGGGCGUCCAGGUGCGCAUGAAGUGGUGCGCGUCGUGUCAUUUCUACAGACCUCCACGCUGCUCCCACUGCAGCGUGUGCGAUCACUGUGUGGAGGACUUCGACCACCACUGUCCCUGGGUGAACAACUGCAUCGGGAGGAGGAACUACCGCUACUUCUUCCUGUUUCUGUUGUCGCUGACCGUUCACAUGAUUGGCGUCUUCAGCUUCGGCCUCAUAUACGUCCUGCACCACAUGGACGAGUUAUGGAAGCUGCACUGCACCGUCACUCUGGUAGUGAUCAGUAUAUCGGGGCUGUUUCUCAUCCCCGUCCUGGGCCUCACUGGAUUCCACUUUUAUCUGGUAUCCAGAGGACGCACCACCAAUGAGCAGGUAACUGGGAAGUUCCAAGGAGGAGUAAAUCCUUUUACAAGAGGUUGCUGUAACAACCUGGAGUAUCUGGUUUGCAGUCCCAUUUCUCCAAAGUACACAGCCAGGCCCUGCAAGAAGACCGUCAUCCACAUCCAGCCUCCGUUUCUGAGGCCGGAGAUUGACAGGCAGACGCCGGUGAAAGUCAGGGACAACGGGAUACAGAGCCGGGAUGUCCAAAAUAAAAGACCCUCAACUGGAGCUGUCGAGCUGUCAGACAUCAAACAACAGAAAACUCCACCGCCGCUGCCUCCGAAGCCGGACCACGGUCUGCUGAGAAGCCAAGUAGCUGCCAUGGACGAGAUGGGACAUCACACCAAAUCCAUCAUCCCUGUGUCUAUCCCCACCGUGCCACAGCUGCGUCCGGUCCUGGAGGCCAUAUCCAGAGGAUCGUCACCCAUCCCUCCAGAGCAGUUGCUGAAGACAUCAGAGCAUCAAGGGAACAACAAAGGUCUUGACCUCCGCUCUGAGUCCAGAGAAAGCCCCGUGAGAGGCAGCCAUCAUGCCGGCCUGCCUGUCCAGCCUCCCCUCCAGUCCAGCUCGCUGCAGCUCAACUCUCUGACGCUCAACUCCCGUUCCCUCACCCUGAAACACAGCAGCCGCCACGGCAGCAAAUCCCACCUGCCUGCCAUGCACGCUGACGGUUUGGGAUCCAACCCUCCGCCGGGCAUCAUCUCCUCCUCCAGCCUGCUCGCCAACCACAGCAGCAGCAGCAGCAGCAGCCUCCCCUACGACAACCUCAUCAACCCCGCAGACCCUCAGUUCCUGGCCCAGAGAGGGGCUCCUUCCGUCAGCUACCACCCUCACUUCAUGUCCCUGGGCACGGAUGGAGCCGUGCAGCGGCCUCCUCCCCACACCUACAGUCCCGUGUUCAUGGGUGUCUCCAGACAUUCCCCUCAGCCUCGAGACCUCUCGCCCUCUUUGCAGGGUCUCACCUCCAGGGAUCCGUCACCUUCUUUCCAAGGUUUUAUUCAAAGAGACUCUUCCCCCGCUUUCCAAGGGCUGAUGCCAAGAGACCUUGCCACCCAAAGUGUAACAUCACGAGACAUUCCCCCUCCAGGUGUUGUCAUGCGAGAUAUGACCUCCCAGAGUCUCCGAGACAGCCUCCGGGAUCUCGUUCCACAGGACUUGACGCCUCCCAAGUCGGCUGCCGCGCGCUACGACAACUUUUCAAAAACCAUCAUGGCAUCCCUCCACGAGAGACGGGAGCUGGAGGAGAGGGAGAGGAUGCUCCGUCUCCAAGCCAGGUCCCAGGCGCUCUACGGCCCGGAUAUGGGGAUCUACGACAUCCCCAGCAGGAGGAGUUUACCGCCAGACAACAUGCGACCUCCGGGCUCCAGAGGGCCGACUCCCCCGGCUUACGGCUCCAGGGAGUUUCUGAUGAGCACAGGCAUUCUGGGUUACGGCAUGAGGACCUCACCUCUCUCCAGCUCCUCCACGUCGUCUCUCACUCGCGGCCCGAAAACCUCCAGCUCUCCCCUGCAGAGCGGCAGCAGCAGCAGCCUGCAGAGCAAAGGCAGGUCUUCCUCUCCGGCCUAUUGCCCCCCCGAGAGGCAAACGCAAGGCCUCCCUUCCUCUACGUCCACCCUGCCCCGUUUGUUCCCCUCCACCGCCUCCUCCGCCCCUCCGUACACCUCCUAUGCCACCACGAAACGCUCCUCGCUCCCGUACUCCUCCGAGGGGAAGGACUCUGUCACUCUGGGAGCUCUGAAGUAA